AUGUACCCCCUUUUCAAUAAUAAUACUGUAUCGGCGACAUGCAAGUAUGGUUAUGAGCCAUACAUUGAUAGCACUACCAAUGCAUUGAAUCCAUGUUUUUUAGGAUUAGUGUCCACAUCAACUACUAUUUUCUUUAUCAUUGUAGGAUUAUGGCAGUUAUUCAAUUUAUAUCUGAAUACAGAGGUUCCAAGACAAUUCAAUAAAAAUAUUAAAAAGUUCCAAACUUUAUCCACAAGCCACAUAUCUCAUUUGACAUCUAUUUUAUUCCAAGCAACAUGUUAUUAUAUUCAACUUAUGUAUAUUAUGAAAGACACCACACAAAGCUACCCACCAAUCAUAAAAUAUUCAAUAAUAUCCAACUUGUGUUAUUCAGUACUAAUAUCAUUACCAACGCAGUAUAUUCAAUAUUUUAAAAGUAUAUGUGCGAUUGGAAACCAGUUAUUCUUCUAUUUAGUACAAAUUUUGUUUCUAUCAUUCCAAAUUUUACAAAGAUAUUACCAUAGCCCAGAUGAAUCAUACAAUCUAAUACAUGGUAAUGUCGGGAUGAUCCUAGAGAUAAUAAUAACGUUAAAUGCUACAUUAAUAUUUGUCUACGACUUAGCACUUUACAAGCCUUCUCAGCUUAUCAUUAAAUAUUAUGAUGAGAACGACAUAUUCCAUUCUGUUAACGUAUUUUCCAAUUUAACUUAUAUGUGGAUGAAUAAGUUGAUCUCUGAAACUUACGAGAAUAAGAAGCUAAAGGAUCCGAAUCAUUUACCAUUACCCCCAAUUAAUUUAAAUAUUCGUGAUUUUACUGUAUCAAUAGAAAAAAAUUGGGAAUAUCAGAGACUUCAGAAGAAAAAUUCAUUAUUAACAGCAAUUUGGAAAACCUUCGGUAAGACAAUUUUGUUAGCUAUGUUUAUGGAAACUGUUAAUGAUUUAUUAAACAUUAUUGAACCACAAAUCUUAAGAUUAUUUAUUAAGUGUUUCAAUAAGGAAGAUUCCCAAGUCUCUUUCCCUCCUUUACAUGGUGUAUUUUUGGCACUUUCGUUGUUUUUGAUUAACAUCAUUUCGACAAUCUUGAAAAAUCAAUUUUUCAUAACAAUCUUCGAAGCAGGAUUAGGAAUAAGGGGUUCAGUUGCGAGCUUAGUGUAUCAGAAGACAUUAAAACUUUCUAGUGCAUCAAGAGGUGAAUAUACUACAGGUGAUAUAUUGAACUUACUUUCUGUCGAUGUCUUAAGGUUACAAAGGUUUUUUGAAAAUUCCCAGACUAUCAUUGGUGCUCCAUUACAAAUAGUGACAGUAUUAAUAUCAUUAUAUUUCCUACUCGGGAAAGCCAUUAUUGGUGGCCUAUUAGUUAUGGCAAUAAUGAUCCCUGUAAAUUCAUUCUUGUCUAGGAAAAUAAAAAAAUUGACGAAAACUCAAAUGAAAUUCAAAGAUAUUAGAAUCAAGACAAUUACAGAAAUUUUAAGUUCAAUCAAAUCUAUUAAGUUUUAUGCAUGGGAAAAACCAAUGCUGGAAAAAUUAAAUCACGUUCGUAAUGAUCAAGAAUUGAAAAAUUUAAAAAAGAUUGGGAUUGCUUCUAGCUUAAUCUACUUUGCAUGGAACUGUGUACCGCUUAUGGUUACUUGUUCCUCAUUUUUAAUUUUCUCUUAUGUCAACGAUUAUCCUUUGACACCUGAAUUGGUAUUCCCAUCUCUUUCGCUUUUCAACAUAUUAAAUAUGGCCAUCUAUGAAAUUCCUUCGACGAUUAACACCAUUAUUGAAACAAACGUUUCAAUGGGAAGAUUAAAAAAAUUCUUAUUAGCCGAAGAAAUCGAUACAUCUUUUAUUGAAAAAUCAGCCGAGGACUUUAUGGACAACGACGUUGCCAUUGAGAUAGAAAAUGCAACAUUUUUAUGGAAAUCAAAGAAUGCGUUAGUUGCCCAACAAGGUAAUGACGAAGAAGAAAGUAUAGGCUCCACAGAAGUUGCACUGAAAAAUAUCGAUAAAUUUACUGCGACUUCAAAAGAAUUGACAUGUAUAGUAGGACGCGUGGGUUCCGGUAAGACGACGUUAUUAAGAGCAAUUUUAGGACAGUUACCGUGUGUUAGUGGUUCCAUGGAAAAUAAACCUCCAAGAUUAUACAUAAAUGGUCGAGAAAUUGCAUACUGUCCUCAGGAAGCGUGGAUUAUGAAUCAAUCGAUAAAGGAAAACAUUCUUUUUGGUCGUAAAUUCAACAGAGUUGUAUAUGAUAAAACGAUACAAACAUGUCAGUUAGUACCAGAUUUCAGUAUAUUUUCGGAUGGUGAUGAAACUAUAGUAGGAGAAAAAGGUAUAUCUCUUUCGGGUGGUCAAAAGGCACGUUUGGCACUUGCCAGGGCUGUGUAUGCACAGGCAGAUAUUUACUUACUUGAUGAUAUUCUUUCUGCAGUAGAUGCUGGCGUUCGUAAGAAUAUUAUUCAUGAUGUGAUAGAUCGUGAUCACGGUCUGCUUAAGGAUAAGACGGUUAUAUUGUCCACAAAUACUCUUUCUGUGCUUAAGUUUGCAAAAAAUAUUUAUGUUAUGCAAGCAGGUUCCAUUGUUGAAGAAGGGACAUACCAAGAGUCCAUCUUGAAAGAAGCUGGUGAUUCUUUACUAACAGACAUGCUUUUAACAUUUGACAGUAACAACAACGACCAAUCUGGUAUCAGCACGCCAAACGAAGAAAUACGAACUGAAAUUAAACCUGAUUCCAGUUCCGAAAUUCCAGCUUUAGUGGAAACUUUAGAAGAUGAAAAUUUUAAUGGUAUUCAGGAUAAUACCGAUGUUGAAAAUAUUGCCUUAAGGAGAUCAUCCUUUGCAACCUUAAAAUCACUUCCUUUAGUGGAAACUAAUGACAAUAAACAUAAGACUGGACAAAAAAGAGAAAAGACUGCUGAAGGUAGAGUUAAGUUAUCAGUCUAUAUGACAUAUGCAAAAGCGUGUGGGUUAGGUGGUGUAGUUUUAUUCGGGAUAUUUCUUUUUCUAGCCAGGAUAUUCGAUCUUGGUGAACGUUUUUGGUUGAAGUAUUGGUCUGAAUCUAAUGAAAAAACUGGUAAAAAUGGUAAUGUUUUUAUGUUUGUUUCUGUUUAUGCGCUGAUUGGUGUUGUAUCCGCAGGAUUUAGUAACUUAAGAACUAUCAUUCUUUUGAUAUAUUGUUCUAUUAGGGCAUCCAAAAAUCUCCAUAAUAGAAUGGCAUAUUCUAUUAUACGUAGUCCAAUGCAAUUUUUUGAAACUACUCCAGUCGGUCGUAUUAUCAAUCGUUUUUCUUCUGAUAUUGAUUCAAUAGAUUCAUCAAUCCAGAAUAUAUUUGCGGUGUUUUCUAACUGCGUCUUAGAUUAUUUAGUGACAAUUAUCCUUAUCGGAUAUAAUAUGCCAUGGUUUUUUGUUUUCAAUGGGGUUCUACUUAUUCUGUACUACCAGUAUCAAAAGAUUUUUAUGGUCCAAUCAAGAGAACUUAAAAGACUUACCAGUAUUUCGUACUCACCAAUAAUGUCUUUAAUGAGCGAAACUUUAGGUGGUAGGUCUGUUAUAGCUGCAUAUGAUCAGAAUAAUUUGUUUAUACAUUAUAAUCAAGAAAGGGUCCAAAAUAAUGUUGACUGUGUUUUCACCUACAGGUCCACUAACAGAUGGCUUUCCAUUAGAUUACAAGCAAUUGGUGCGUUUGUAAUCCUAUGCACUGCACUGCUAACCCUAUCAACAAUCAACACAGAAAAUCAAUUAGGUACUGGUAUGGUAGGUUUAAUGAUGAGUUAUGUUUUAAGUAUAACUAUGUCGUUGACAUGGAUUGUACGUUCGUCCGUAUUGUUAGAAACCAAUGUGGUUUCUGUUGAAAGAGUUGUAGAGUAUUGUGAUCUACAACCGGAAGCUCCUGAGAUCAUUAGUGGUCAUAUCCCUGAAAAUGGAUGGCCUUCUAAAGGUUCUAUCGAAUUUCAUGAUUAUACGACCUCAUAUAGGGCUGAUUUAAACCCUGUGUUAAAGGAUAUUUCUAUAAAAAUUCAACCAGGGGAGAAAAUUGGGAUUGUCGGUAGAACAGGUGCAGGUAAAUCUACUUUAACUUUAGCAUUAUUUAGAUUGCUGGAGGCAACUGAGGGUUCAAUACUCGUUGAUGGUGUCGAUAUUUCGACCAUUGGAUUAGAAACCUUAAGAAGUAAUUUGGCAAUUAUUCCUCAAGAUGCACAAGCAUUUGAAGGAAAUGUACGUUAUAAUUUGGAUCCAUUCAAUAAGCACACUGAUGACGACUUAUGGAACGCACUUGCAUUAGCCCAUCUUCAACCUCAUUUGGUUCGUCUAGCACAAGGUGAUAGCAAUACUACUGCGCCUUCGAUUUCGGAUUGUUUGGCAUUUAAAGUUGCAGAAAAUGGUUCCAAUCUAUCUUUAGGUCAAAGGCAACUGCUGUGUCUUGCUAGGGCAUUGUUGAAUAAAUCUAGAAUAUUGGUCCUUGACGAAGCAACUGCAGCGGUCGACAUGGAGACAGAUAGAAUCAUUCAAGAGACUAUUAGAACACAGUUCAAGACAAGAACUAUCUUGACCAUUGCCCACCGUAUUGAUACCGUUCUAGAUAAUGACAAAAUAUUGGUUUUGGAUCAAGGUUCUGUCAAGGAAUUCGACAGUCCACAAAAUCUACUCGCUCAGAAGGAUAGCUUGUUCUAUCAUUUGUGUGAGAAGGGUAAUUAUAUCCCACAAAGUAGUAAAUAA